AUGAAAAAUAAAAAUAAAUAUGAUUACCUGCUGAAGCUGUUACUUGUUGGAGAUUCCAGCGUAGGCAAAAGCAGCAUUCUGUGCAGAUACUCCGACAACCAGUUUGAGGAGAAGGUCCUGUCCACCAUAGGCAUCGACUUCAAAGUGAAGUACCUCAAAAUAGACAACAAAACUAUCAAGGUGGGAAUUUGGGACACGGCUGGGCAGGAGAGGUUCCGGACCUUAACGUCUGCUUAUUAUAGGAACGCGCAUGCGAUUAUUCUGGUGUACGACUGCACCGUGAGGGAGUCAUUUGAAAACCUGGACGUGUGGAUUCACGAAAUCGAUAAAUAUUCAACGAACAAAAAUGCAAUCAAAAUGCUGGUGGCGAAUAAGAUCGACAAGGCUAACCACGAAGUGACAAAAGAUGAAGGGAAAAACUUUGCAUUCGAAAAUAACAUGCUGUUUUGCGAGACGAGUGCAAAGAAUGAUAUCAAUAUAACGUACUGCUUUGAGGAGCUGAUUCAGCAGAUCUUGAAUAAUCCCUCUUUGCUGGAACUUAGCAUUGUCACCAAAAAUUUGAAGCUCAGCAAGAAGGAGGAAAAUCGAGCCAACUGUGUUUGCUAG